CUUUUUCUCCAAAUUUGGGCAGAUUCACUUUCACUGAAAGGGAAAAGGCUGGAUUUUUAUGGAGAAGGUGAGGCAUAUGUCAGUCUGACCAAGACCAUGCCUGAAGAACUCAGCCGACUCACAGCAUGCAUUGAUCUGAUAUCCAUGACUGAUGGCUCAUAUCACUGGAUGGCCUUCUCCUAUAUUACUAAUGACACUCUUCUGGGCACAGAAGAUAUAGACCUUGGACUUGCAGGAGACCAUCAGCAGCUGAUCCUGUACAACUUUGGCAAGACCUUUUCGAUCAGCUAUUACCUGAUUCCGUUUCACUGGCACACCAUAUGCUUGAUGUGGGAUGGUGUGAAGGGCAGGUUAGAGCUCUUCCGGAACAAAGAAAGGAUAAUUGCAAUAACGGAUCAGCCACACAACCUGCCUCCUAAUGGGACCGUGGUCUUAGGACACUUUUCCAGGAAUGGAAAAGGCUGGAUUAAAACUGUGGUACCUCACUUCACGGGCAGCUUGUAUUACUUUCAGCUCUGGGACCGCAUCCUGGAAAAUGAGGAGUUUCUCACAUGUUUAUAUGGAAAUGUGGUUAGUUGGGAAGAUGAUGUUUGGCUCACCUACAAGAUAAGUCCAACAGUUGACAGGAGACUGCACUGCUUUGUUUCUGAAAAUAUGACAAUUCAAGAAAGAAGUACAACUGUUUCACAGAAAAUAGACUUAACAACUCCUCCCUCAAUUACCGAGCUAAACCCACAGAAGACUGUGCAUCCAUCCACACUGUCACCAAUAAGCGUGCCUGCUUCUACAAUCAAUCAUGCAGUCAUAUCAUAUUCUAAUACAACACCCUCACCUCUAGCAACAGCGAGUGCAUCAAAAGAUUUAAAGACAUCUCCAGCCCAGACAACUACAUUUUCAGCAGAUGACUUGUUUACUUCAACAGCCAUCCCUCUGCCUACCCAAAGUACUCACAUUCAUACUGCUACUGACUCCAUGACAGUAACUCAACACCUACAUUUAGGAAAAACAAGGACAACAACAAUGGUGGAGGCCAUGGCUACCGACACCUUUUAUCCAACUACAGCUACUAAUUUCUUCAACACAUCUGAAAGUACCAAGAAUUCUAUUGUAUAUGAAACUUUAACAACUAAAUCCCAGUCAGCUGUUGGGAAGAUAACUUUAUUCUUGACGACUGACCCAACAUCCAUGUCUCCAACAUCUUGCCACAAACACAAACCCACAGAAGUUGCUGCAUUCCCUACCUCCAAAUCUGGGCAAGACUUUCUUGUAUCUUCAACUGCUGGAACCGUGUCUUGGCCCACACUAGAAGAGACUUCAGCUAUUACUACUAACAUUGGGAUUGCAUCAACCUUCCCAUCAGAGUCUUUGCUCACCUCCACAACUGCUCCCAUGAAUUCUGUGUUUCCUGGAAAUCAGGUAGCACCUACCUUGUCAACAACUGAUGUGGAAAUGGCAUUCACAAUCCAUUCAGUGUUGCCGAUGAAGACCACAUCUGCCCUAAGAACAGUGUCGGUUUCGACGAAUUUCCAAGAUGUCUUUUCACCCAGCAUGGAGGAUGCUAUACCUACCUCCAUGCCUAAAGAGACCUCUUCUGUAGACUUUUCUUCCAUUACAUCCUCUCUAGUAACUAGAAUUCAGAGUGAACAGACAGUUAUUGAUACUGAGAGUACACAUAUACCCUUAACUCCAAGAACCAAACUUUUCCCUACAUUGGCUGAAACUUCACUCUUCCCUACCAUGGAAGGGCUAGUAUACACCCAGAAUACACCCACAAGUGAUGAUCCCAUGAUCCCUUUGACUUCUAUGAAGUCAUAUUCUACAUAUAAUGCAUAUGAAUCAGGUCUCACAUCUGUAACUGAUAAAACUGGCUAUCCGUUCUUCCCCAAUGAGACCCCUUGGACUUCUAAGCCAGAUCAGACCCUGUUGCCCUCUACGAAUACAACCACUAUACCUACAUUCACGCCUAAUGAUAAUCUCACAUCAUCAUUCCAAGACAAUACUACUAAUAUUGAUAAUUCAUACAGGACUACGGAUAUCACCAUGCUUGAAGCAUCCACAGGCAACAUAGGCACCACCAGCUCUGAUGCUACUACAGCCAGGUAUACAACAACUCUUUUCAAGCCAACAUCCCAGUGGCUUAAUAAUUUCUCCAAUGUUGAUGGAAUCACAUCUAUAACUAGUCAGCCCGAAUCUAAACUCACUACGUUAUUAUUGAAAAGCAACCCUGUGCCCUCAGUAGCUGCAAAUGAACUUCCUUCAAUAUCAAGGGAGACAGUUGUUCCAUCAAAGGAUAUGUCUACCCUUGCUGACAUUAAAACAAAUUUUUCUACUGAGAAGAACAUAUCUGAGACAACACAAAUAGAUACAAAUGGUAUGAGCACAUUUGGUGAUACUAUGGCCCCUCUACCAAUGUCUGCAACAACACAGAAAGUCUAUACCACUGUAACAAAGGAAAUAGAUUCCCAUUAUCCUAAGGUAAAAUCAACUAUAGCAGCAGUAGCUGAGGUUUCUCCAUUUUCCACAAUGCUGGAAGCAACAGAUGAAUCAGCACAAAUGGUGACAGCUUUUGUCACUGUUUCCCCCUUUUCAGAUAUAGAAAAGUUGACUACUGCAUUGGAUAAUGAAACUGCAACUACUGGGGUGGGAGUGAGUUGGCUUUCAACAGAAUUGAUGAAAAGCACGCCUAAGAGUUCAUACAAUGGAACUACAGAAACCUUUAACUCUACCCAUACCUCUACAAUACACUGGACUUCAGAGACAUCUGAGGGGAAUUCAGCUUCAUCACUCAUUUCUGUGAGCACCCAGACACUGCCUGAACUUCUGGGUUCCUCAACAAGGAUAAUGGGAGCUACUUUUUCCACUAUUCCUUCACAGAAGACAGCUGUAUCUUUGUCUGCUUGUAUCUUGCCUCCACAGACUACAGCUACUCAUUCCUCAGCAACCCCUCUGUCUACUACACACAAGUUCUCACUGCCAGUUAAUGUCUCUACUGUCACCUCUCCUGCCACUACUAUGAUGGUUUUUGAUGAGACCAAGGUGACCCUGUCUCAGCCUUCUACCUUGGUCAGGGAUUUCACUCCAUCUGUGUUCUCAAUUGGCUCACCUCUACCAACAGUGACAAUGGUGCCAACAGUGAGUUCAACAGCUUCCACAACCAGUGAUAUUAUGCCUACCCACAGAGACUCACUUCAUACCACUUCAGAGGUCACAACAAUCUCUUCCACAACAGCACUCAUGGCAGUUUCUUUUCUGAGAGAGACUUUGGUAUCCUCACUGAGACCUUCCACUCCUGUGAUAACUAAGGCUACAACCACCCUUCCCUCCAUCUCAGCUGACUUAGUAAGUCCAUCCAUACACACUAUUGUCUGCUCAAGGCCUCCCUCAAACAACAUUACUCUUGUGUCCUCUACCUAUGUUAGCUUGACUACAUCUGCAUCAGUAGCAACACCAUCUGUAUCUCAAGUUGAGGAUUCAACUCAUGUUUUUAGCUUUCCCUAUACUUCUAGUAGUAGUGGAGAUGUUGGUAUGGCUUCUGGACCCACAGAGACAUCUGCUGGUGGUGAGACUAUGUCCCCCCACACCUCUGUUAAUGAUCUUACUACUUCAGUAGAUACCAAAUCUACCACAUAUUUUGUAAACACACCCAUCUCCACCCAGUUGCCAGUUGCAACCUCUAUGUUAUUUUCUGAGAAAGAUAAAACCCCCAGAACUACAAUGUUGGCAGAAAUUUCCACAUCCAAGAAUUCCUUUAUUUUGGAGUCCCAAAGAACUUUCUCUUGGGAAAUAACAGACACAGGAUUUUCUGAGACCACAGAAAUCUCCAGAAAACAAACACAUUUGCCUUCAGAGAUUCCACCUGGGAAUCUAACUUCUGGGAAUUUAGCCACAUCUACUUCUGAGAGUACCGUAAUAGGUGUUCACGUUUCAGAAGGGUUGACUAGUCUUGAGGAAACAGAACUCCCAUCACAAGUUCAGACGAUAACCAAAUCUUUGUCUCCUGAUAAAGAAAGGACAAGUGCCCUUUCAGAAUACCCUCCCAGGACUGUGGGAAAGCUGGUGAGUUCCUUUCCUGUGACUCUUCUAGACACAGGUCACCAGGCUACUUCAUCUGUAGAUACUACAACUUCCAGGACAGCUAGAACAUCACAUCCUGUGCUCAUCAACAUAACUCUUUCACACCUGCUUUCACUUACGACGCAACCUGAGUCAACAUGGAUUGCUUCUUCCACUUCUGAAAGCACACAAACUUUCCCUAAGUCCAUUUUUCCUUUCACAACUGGACUACUCAACACCAAUUUUACAAUGAUAACUCUUGAUGGCAGCACUACAGUCUUUCAUGUUCCAAAUGAACUUACAAAUUUUCCUAGGGAGACCUCUAUGGAAACAUCUACUCCUAUUUACCAGAUGUCUUCAUUGCCACUCAAUGUCACUGACUUCACUCCUAAAAAGGUUUCUGACACUCCUACAAUACUAAUGACUAAGUCUUCCAGAACAAUAAACUCAGGCUAUUUGAAAAGUGUCUCUAUAGGUACUUCUGGGCUUAAGUCUGAGAAUUCUUCAAUGCCAGUUAAUAACUCUAAUUUCUCAACUACAGUGGUUUCUUCUAACACUUCCACAAGACUUAAGGCAUUCUUUACUUCAUUGUCUUCACCUCCCCCUAAGACUACUGAAACCACCCAAGCAUCAACAUUGGAUAUCACACCUGUGCCAUAUGUUGGACCUACUUCACAAAGCACAAUGGUUUCCUCUACUUUCACUAAUUCAGAAGUGGUAGAAGUGCCAUUCAAGAAUUCAACUGCACCUGUUUCCUCUCCAACAGAGCUAGAUUUUUCAUCUGAGAAAACUAUUUCAACCAUUAUUAUGGCUAGGUCAUUGACUUCAGUUAUGGGUGCCACUUCCUCCUCUCUGCUCAGUUCUAAGAAUACUGAAGCUAUUUCUUUCAUCCCAAAGACCACCUUUUCUUCGUUACUUCCAACAACACAGCAAUCAUCACAAGAAAACGAGGCUACCACUCUGGACAUAUUGCUUGGGAUUACCAACAAUUCUCUACCUACUGAGAGCAGUGAUGGAGUGACAGAACUCAUUAAUACCUAUUCUAGAACUACCAUCCCUGCAAGUGCUCUUUCAUCUACUCCUUCAGAUAGUUUUUAUACUUCCUUGAAUAUUCAGGUUUCCCCAUCUUUGACUAACUUCAAAGGCACCCCUAGACCUACAGAAAGUGUAAAAUCCACACUGGCAUACCUUUCCCAUGAUAUAGUAAAGAUGACUUCCUUAUCAGAGAAUAUUUUGCUAACCAGAGAACCAACGAAGAGCAGUGCAUGUGUGCAUACUCCUGUUUUAUACCCUUCAUGGACCCAAUCCACUGCAACUCCAACUUCUUUGACAUCAUUUCUUUAUUCACGUCAUAGCACUGAGGCCAAGUUUCCUCUUACAUCUCAAAUGGUUGAAUUUCCAGCACAGGGAACAAGAGUCACUCCUAGUAUUACCCAGGCUCUACUUACAACUUCCAGAAACACACCCAUAGGUGAAGACUCACAGUUUCCAGUUUUCACAACUAAUGUAAUGACACAAAACAGAAUGGAAACAGAAAAUCUUCACUUUAGUCCUGGGACUUCGUCAACAUCUCAGAUUGGUCUGGUCUCCAGAGAUAGUACAGUGAAGCCAUCAGUUUUCACAUCAGAAAGCCUUCCUACUUUUGGGCUUUCUGAAAAUACUUCAUUAUCAAUGUCUUCCAUAGUGCUCCCUACCACAUUGGCUGCCAUUUCCAGGGCUACCUCACCAACUUGGAGCUUAUCUAGUCUCUCUUCAGACUCUCUGAUAUCUGUAUCUAAUCCACCACAUCUUCUAAUUUCAUCUGCAGGAGAAAUGGCAAAAUCCACGUUUCCAGCCUCUGACACAAAAGCAACAUCCCCUAACUUUACAAUAGUACCCUUUUCUGAUGGAAGCACGAUACCCACCCCAAACACUCCUGUAGCUACACUGGGCAUCAUCACUGCUGACUUUUUUACUUCUCUGCCAUUAUCUACAAAAUCUAAAGGUGACAGUCCACACACUUCUACAUCCCUUGAAUCAUCCCCCCGGAAUACUGUGGCUGACAGCUCCAAGACUGCGUCUGAACCCAUGUCCUUUAGCAGAAUGAGUGUAACACCUUCUACAACCAAUCACAACCUACCUAUUGGUUCUCUGUCUGUAUCUAGCCCUGUGAAAACAUCCCUGUGGAGUAAAGUCCCAGCUACACAAGAAUCCCACACUUUAAUUCCUCCUCAAUCCACACUGGAAUCUGUUAUGAAUAUAGCCACUACUACAUCCACAGCUCUAGAGGCCUCAUUCCCACUGAUGUCUACUGAGAUGACACAUCCUUCCACAGCAACUGGGUCUUCACUAAUCUCUUCACCUUUUAAGACAAACUGGAUAGACCCCACAUUUUCCUUUCUAUUUACACAGGCAUCUACUUCACCAAUUGCUACAGCGUCUACAGUUUCCUUCUACAACACCAAGAUGAGCUUCUCUGUCUUUGAUGAAGAGCCAAGAGUCCUUAUUACCACUGCUAUACAUGAAUUUUCAAAAGAUUGGUUGAAUUCUAGGUUUCAAAACAGUGAAUUUUCUCUUGCUAACUUGGCUAUUCAAAUAAAAAACAGAAAGACUUCUGAAGAAGAGAUGGCUAUGUACAGACAUAUUUUGGAACAGAAAAAGGGGCAAGGAAUGGCUACAAUUUUUCAUGUACCAUACAGUUGUGCCUGUUGGGUAAUUUUAAAAGUCAACUCCUCUUUGGAAUCAGUAGAACUGAUUAGCAGGAUCCGAACGAAGAUACAUGGGAAUCUCACACACGUGAACUUCACACAAGAUCAAUUGACUCUACUGGUAAAGUCUGACCAUGUUGUAGUGGAAAAGCUAGAACCAGGAAAAUGCGAAGCAGAUGAAACACCCUCAAAAUACAAAGGGACAUAUAAGUGGCCAUUAACUGACCCUACUGAAACAGCCCAAGUAAGGUGCAUUAAAAAUGAGAAUAGGAACGCCUCAAGAAUCUGUUCUAUCAGCAUGCAAACUGGCAAGUGUCAAUGGGAAAAACCAAGGUUUAAGGAAUGCAAGUUGCUUCAAGCACUCCCUGAUAAGAUUGUGGAUCUUGCUAAUAUCACCAUAAGCGAUGAGAAUGCCGAUGACAUUGCAGAGCACAUUUUAAAUCUGGUGAAUGAGUCUCCACCUCUGGAUGAAGAAGAGACAAAGAUUAUUAUUUCUAAAGUAGAUGAUAUUUCCAACUGUGAUGACAUAAGUACCAACCUAACCCAGAGUAUCCUCCAAAUCAUCAGCACAGUAAUGGAAAAACAAAGUGAUUCAGCUUCCAAUCUGCCUCCAGUAAGCAAUAAGAUUCUGAGGAUAAUUGAGCGUGCUGGUCACAAGAUGGAGUUUGUGGGGACAAUGGCAAAUCUCACUGUGGCCAGGCUGGCUUUGGCAGUGUGGUGGGUGGACCACAGGUUUCAAGGUAUGGCCUUCAGCAUCUCUGAAGAAGUCACAAUUCCCCAGAUUUUCCUUGGUGGUAUCCCUCUAAGGAGGGUCUUGGCUUCCAUAUAUUUGCCUAAAUCACUGAGGGAAAAAGUUCCUCUUAAUGGCUUACAAACCAUCUUGUUUAAUUUUUUUGGCCAAACCUCACUCUUUAAGGCCAAAAACAUUACUACUACAUUAAUGACAUAUGUUGUGAGUGCAAGCAUCUCAAAUAUGUCCAUUCAAAACUUGGCUGAUCCAGUGAUUAUCAUUCUGAAGCAUAUUCAAGGAAACUGGAAUUAUGAUCAAGUUUCCUGUGCCUUUUGGGAUUUCGACACUAACGAUGGGCUAGGUGGAUGGAAUUCAUCAGGCUGUAAAGUAAAGGAAACCAAUGUAAAUUACACAAUCUGUCAGUGUAACCACCUCACCCACUUUGGAGUUUUAAUGGAUUUGUCUAGGUCUACGGUGGAUGCAGUGAACGAACGGAUACUAGUGAUCAUAACUUAUACAGGAUGUGGGAUCUCCUCCAUUUUCCUGGGGAUUGCAAUGGUGACAUACAUAGCUUUCCACAAACUUCGAAAAGAUUAUCCUUCCAAAAUUCUGAUCAACCUAUGCACAGCGCUACUGAUGCUCAACCUAGCAUUUCUGGUUAAUUCCUGGCUAGCAUCAUAUCAGAAAGUGGGACUAUGUAUCACAGCUGCAGUGGCACUUCAUUACUUUCUGCUUGUGUCUUUGACUUGGAUGGGCCUGGAAGCAGUCCACAUGUACUUUGCUCUAGUCAAAGUCUUCAAUACAUACAUACCAAAUUAUAUCCUUAAAUUUUGUCUAGCUGGUUGGGGAAUCCCAGCAAUCACAGUUGUCUUUAUACUCAGCAUAAGAAAAGACUUGUAUGGAACUCUGAAUCCAACAACUCUGUUUUGUUGGAUUAAAGAUGACCAUAUCUUUUACAUCUCGGUGGUGGCUUAUUUUUGCCUCAUAUUUCUCACGAAUCUCACCAUGUUCUGCACUGUUCUCGUUCAAUUGACUUCAGUGAAAUCUCAAAGCCAGAAGACGCGGAAGAAGAUGAUCUUGAAUGAUCUCAAAGGCACAAUCAGCCUGACAUUCUUACUUGGCCUCACCUGGGGGUUUGCCUUUUUUGCCUGGGGACCCGUGAGGAUCUUUUUCAUGUAUCUUUUUGCCAUUUGUAAUACUUUGCAAGGCUUCCUCAUUUUUGUGUUUUACUGUGUGAUGAAGGAGAGUGUGCGGGAGCAAUGGCAUAUGCACCUCCAUUGCAGAUGGUUACAGCUGGAUAACUAUGGGAACAACAGAUUUGGGAUAAAUGUUAGGUAUAAACAGAAGAAACUGAAGAAAACCCAUGAGUCCAAAUUAUUGACACCAUCACUCAAGUCAACAACAACCAAUUCCACUUUCAAGUCUCUAGGAUCUGUGCCCAGCACUCCUUCAGAAGUAAACUUCCCCAAUGGUGACUUUGAUGUUGGUCCCUAUACUUUCUCUUCCUUGGGUUGUGAAGCUGCACCUACUUUUAUAAGAAGAGCAUUGCCUACAGAAAUCAAAACAAAUUGCAUUCAGAAACAAAGAUCAUUUUCAAUAAAUGUUACCAGGGAUGCUCACCUUACUCCCAGCCCUGGAUUGGGAGAAAUGUUCAAUUUGUGAAGCAAAUGUGCCCCUAUCUUGUAUUCUAAUAUUGUUUUGGGAGAGGCAGAAUGAAAUUGUGUUUAGUAAAUACUGACCUUGGAAUAAU